AUGGUCCAUACUCACACCACCCUCAUACCCACACCCAUCCAGCAUACCCCACACUCUCAUACCCACACCCUCCCCACACAUUACCUACCCACACUCACUACCCUCACAUCCAUACCAUCCAAACCCUCAUACCCACACCCUCAAACCCACACCCUCAUACCCACACCCUCAUAUCCACUCCCUCAUACCCACACCCUUAUAACCCUCAUAGUACCCACACCUCAUAACCCUCAUACCCACACCUCUUACUCAUACCCACACCCUCAUAUCCUCACCCUCAUACCCACACCCUCAUACCCACACCCUCAUACCUACACCCUCAUCAUACCUCAUACCCACACCCUCAUACCCAACCCCUCAUAUCUCACCCUCAUACCCACACUCUCAUACCCACAUCCCUCAUAUCCACACCCUCAUACCACCACACCCUCAUAUCCCCUCACCCUCAUACCCACACCCCUCAUACCUCACCUCUCAUACCCACUACCCAAUACCCACAUCUCAUACCCACACACCCUUAUAUCCCACACUUUCAUACCUACACCCUCAUAUCCUCAACCCUCAUACCCACAUUACCCCUCAUACCCACACCCUCAUACCCACACUCUCAUACCCACACCCUCAUACCCACACCCUCAUACCCACACCCCUCAUACCACACCCUCAUACCCACACAUACCUACACCCUCAUAUCCUCACCCUCAUACCCACACCCUCAUACCCACACCUCACAUCCAAACCCAUACCCACAACCUCAUACCACUCUCAUACUCCCACACCCUCGUAUUCGCUAAAGAAACUCGUGUGAACUUCUGUUACACCUCCGUUUGCGCGGGUAGUGACGUCAUAGCAUCUGGGGCGGGCGCUGAAUCGUGUCCGAUUCAUUGCCAAAGUGCCAGCGCCUCGUACACGCCCUGGGAUUUCCAGACGCAGUGCCACCGUGACCCUGUGUUUGUUGAUUGGGUUAGGGAGAUGAUCGAGGGUGUUGUGGAAGGGUAUGAUAGAGUAGAGGCGAUUGGGCACGGUUUGAGAUCUGCAUUCCCUUUAAAAAUAGCGGGCGCUUUUAACACGGCGGAGAGUGGGUGUGGAGUUGACUGGACGGAGUAG